AUGGGGGGCCACACGCAGGGGACGAGGAGGGGGACCAACGGGGCGGCCCCGGUGUUCGGCCGUUCUGUGGUUGGACGGGGCAUCCGGUGCAGCUGUGGAGCACGGAAGGUGAAGACGGUGGUGAUGAUGAUGAAUGGCCUGGCAGCUCGAGCUGGCACUUGGAUCUCGCCAUCAGUUUGUUUAUUUUUGUGCGCUCUUGUCUUUCUCCCGCCGUGCGCUCGCUCGCACCCACAGCCGUGCCAGGUGUUGAAACGGAUCGGCCACACGGUUCGUGUUGGAGCUUUGCACGUUCAGCCUCGCUUGCUCUCUGCCACAACUGGAAACGGUUCUGAUGAUUGGGAUGCAGAUCGAGGUUUGAUAGGGAGCGGAGUGGAGUUGGAAAAGCAGAUUAAAACAAGUGCCAGUGCGCCUGGAUAUGGAAGUCUCAGAACUAGGGGGGCAGUUAAUAGCCAGCGGGGGGCCAGUAGGAAUAAGAACCAGGCACGGCUGCGGGAGGAGAAUACUUCAAAGGAGAACCGCGUGUUCGUACCCCGGGACUCGGCCCUUCUCGCUGUCGAGGCACUCAAUCGGGUCGGGUUGCUGCCAUACAAUUUGUCCCUGGAACUUGUCAUGGCCGUGGGGUCUGGGCUCGGCGAACUACCCGCGUUCUCUUCUUCUUCUUCUGCGGGCAGCCCCGAGGAGGAGGACCCCUUGUCCUUUGUGGAGAGCGUGUGUCACACCGUCGUCGUGCAGGGGGUUUCCGCCAUGAUCGCCUUUCCACGGAAUCGGGACGAGUUAGUCAAGUUGGAGUUCGUUUCUCUCGCGCUGCAGGUGCCUGUCGUCAGCGUUGUGCAGAGGGAGUUUACGCGCCAAAGUCAGAAUCCACUCCAUUUCCAAAUGGCGAUGAGGACCGUAGAGGCUCCACCUUCUCGUCUCCUCUAUUCCUUGCUGAUGAUGAAUGGCUGGUGGGACAUCAGUGUUCUUCUCUGCCAGGAAUGGGACAUAAGUGACUUUCUCCUACUCAUUAAGAACAACACCCGCUUCCACUUAGGCAAUCUUGUCAAUCUGACAACCACCACUUCCACCUCGACUUCUUCUUCAUCUUCAUUAUCUCCCUCAGGAGUGGCUUCAGGUGUUACAUUAGGAAUGGAGGCAUCAUCAUCUGUGUCUUCUUUACCUUAUUUCUCCCCUGCUGCCUGGUCAUCUGCUUCUUCAGCCCUUUCCUCCUCUAAAAUAGACCAUCAGCAAGCUCUCAUGCGACAGCUGGAGGCAUUAAGAGAGGCCUCAUCAACAACAGGAGUGGUAACAUUUGGGUGUGAGAUCCGAGAAGUGCGCCGCCUGUGGACACUAGCGAGUCGGAUGAUGCUCCCAGAGUUUCACUGGGUUUUGGGGGACAGCCAGAAUGUGGCCGAACUGAGAACAGAGGGGUUACCACUGGGGCUACUGGCACAUGGGGUUAUGGGGUCCCCUUCUUUGGAUCACUACGUUUAUGACUCAAUAGAGCUGGUUGCAAGGGCAGUGGGCACUGCAGCCCAGGAAAAUCCUGCCCUGGCACUCAUACCUGGAACAACAAACUGUAUGGAUGUACAACAGAGCAAUGGAAGCUCGGGGGAAUACUUGGCACGAUUUCUGUCCAACACAUCAUUUGAGGGCCAGAGUGGUUUUAUAUCCAGAGACACUAACAGCCAGAAAAUCAUCUCAGAGUCGCAUCACUACAUCUGGUCCCUUCAGCUGGAUCCCCUUGGCCAGCCAACCUGGACACGCCUGGGACGCUGGCGAAGGGGGAACAUUCUAAUGGACCAGGGGGCCUGGCCAAGCCAUCAGGGUUCUGGGGGCGGAGGUGACUGGCGACGAUCCACAAGGCUUCAUAUGCGGGUGGUUACUCUGGUGGAGCACCCGUUUGUAUUUACCCGUGAGGUAGAUGGGGAUGGGCUGUGUCCAGCAGGCCAGUUGUGCCUCGACCCUCUCACUAAUGAAUCUUCAGUCUUGGAGAAGCUUUUCCAGAACCUGGCAGGACCUAAUGGAUCUGUUCCAACAGAGCACAAGAAGUGUUGUUAUGGAUACUGCAUUGACCUGCUAGAGAAACUGGCUGAGGACAUGGGAUUCACUUUUGACCUUUAUAUUGUUGGUGAUGGGAAGUAUGGGGGGUUCAAAAAUGGGCGGUGGACAGGAUUGGUGGGGGAUCUGCUCAGUGGUGCUGCCCACUUGGCAGUGACGUCUUUUAGCAUAAAUUCAGCUAGAAGCCAAGUUAUUGACUUCACCUCACCCUUCUUCUCCACCAGCCUUGGAAUUCUGGUUCGGACUCGUGAUACAGCAGCCCCCAUUGGUGCCUUCAUGUGGCCUCUUCACUGGUCCAUGUGGCUUGGCAUCUUUGUCUCCCUCCAUGUCACAGCAGUUUUCCUCACCCUGUAUGAGUGGCACAGUCCAUUUGGCAUGACGCCACGUGGGCGCAACCGUGACCGGGUGUUCUCCUUCUCAUCAGCGCUCAAUGUAUGCUAUGCUAUUCUAUUUGGGAGAACAGUGGCCAUCAAGCCACCAAAGUGCUGGACAGGCCGGCUGCUGAUGAAUCUCUGGGCCAUCUUUUGUCUGUUCUGUUUGUCCACCUAUACUGCAAAUCUAGCUGCUGUCAUGGUCGGGGAGAAAACAUAUGAACAACUGUCAGGGAUACAUGAUCCAAAGUUGCACCAUCCCUCUCAGGGAUUUCGAUUUGCUACAGUGAGAGAAAGCAGUGCUGAGGACUACGUCAAGAAGAGUUUCCCUGAGAUGCAUGAGUACAUGAGAAGAUACAAUGUUCCAGCUACACCCGAUGGCAUUCAUAAUCUCAAGGCUGACCCUCAAAAACUGGAUGCUUUUAUCAUGGACAAAGCUCUGCUGGAUUAUGAAGUCUCCAUAGAUGCAGACUGUAAAACACUCACAGUUGGAAAACCGUUUGCUAUAGAAGGUUAUGGGAUUGGCCUCCCUCAAAAUUCUCCACUCACCUCCAACUUCUCUGAGCUUGUUAGUCAGUACAAGUCAGAUGGCUUCAUGGACAUGCUGCAUGACAAAUGGUACAAGGUUGUGCCCUGUGGGAAGCGCAGCUUUGCUGUGACUGAGACACUGCAGAUGGGUAUAAAGCAUUUUUCCGGUCUGUUUGUGAUGCUCUGUGUGGGCGUGGCCUUAUCUCUGCUGACCACGAUAGCAGAACACAUUGUGUACAAGCUGGUGAUCCCAAGGGUCAAGGAGCCACGCUUCAAAUAUUGGCUGCACACUAGCCAGAGAUUGCAUCGGGCUCUCAACUCUGUCUUCAGUGAUGACAAACUACCGACUGUUACCAAACCUGAGAAGAGGUGCAAUGAGGGAAACAACCAGUCAGCAUCUUGGAAUCCCGUCGAGCCCUCCAACUGCAACAGGCGUAGGGUCCUUCCACAAGAAAUGCAGAAUGACUUGGAACAUCAGACCUCACAGGAUCUCCCUCCACCACCACCCCCAUCUCCCCUGCCUCAUCCCCAUUCCCUUCCCCUUCUGGAGAAGCACCUUCCCAUAGUGACCAACUCCAAUGGUCGCUCAGACCUCAUAGGGCGGGGGCUGGGCCAAGGACUUGGGCAAGGACAGGGGGGCUCUGGGCAGGGCAUUACAUCAGCACAGUGUCGGGGUUUGGGUGUGGGGGACUGUGGACCUGGUCUGGGUUUAGGUCGUAACCCACUGGUUCAGGAGCUGUCUGAGCUAGAGGGGCAAAUCCUUGUAAUCAAGCAGCAGUUGCAGUCAGCAAUGAGACGGAAGAGGGAGCUUGAACAGUACCAAUCAGAGAACCAGCAAGCAAACCAGACUGCACCCAGUCAGCCUCCCAUGCACCAGUCUAACCAGUUUGCUCAGUAUACCCAGUCCCACCAGCAGACUAACCAACACACAAACACACUCCCUGAGUUUUGA